AUGGACGCCAAGCCAAAAGGCUCGGCAUCCCUGGCCGCCAUUGUCUCUGCGUUUGUCCCCACAUGGGUUACCGGCCUCAUCUUCGUUGCGAUAUUCAUCGUCAUUCGACGCUGGUAUCCUAGUAUCUAUGCUCCACGAACCUUCAUCGAAAGCAUACCGGAGAAGGACCGGACUCCUUCUGCUGGUCGGUCGUAUUUCAAUUGGGUCCAUACCAUGCGCAAGGUUCCGGAUAAGUUCAUCUUAUAUCAUCAGUCUCUGGAUGCGUAUCUUUAUCUCCGCUUCCUGCGAACAGUCAUCUUCAUUUGCUUCGUUGGCUGUUGUAUCACGUGGCCUAUUCUCAUGCCGGUGAACGCCACUGGUGGUGGUUCCUCAACCGAACUAGACAAGGUCGGCAUUGGGAACGUCAAGAAAAGGGGACAUCUAUACGCCCACGCAACAAUCGCUUGGGUAUUUUUCAGCUUCGUCAUGUUUACAGUUGCCCGCGAGCGACUUUGGCUCAUUGGCCUCCGUCAAGCCUGGACUCUGUCGAAGCCCGUUGCAAACCGCCUUUCAUCACGCACCGUUCUCUUCCUAUCAGCCCCAAGAGAUGCCCUCGACAAAGAGAAUAUGCAUCGGUACUUUGGAGAUGGAGCUUUGCGCCUUUGGCCAGCGACUAAAGUCGACACGCUAGAGCAUCUAGUCUCGAAACGUAAAUCAAAAAUUGAGCAGCUUGAGGCUGCGGAGAUGAUUCUAAUUCGGAAGGCCAACCAUGAAGUUAGAAAACGAAUUCAAUCCCGCGCACAGACUGAAGACACUCACUACGAUAAUCUUGAAGAUUCGGUUAAGAAAUCCAUAAGACCGCGGCAUAAACCGGACGUCUCGCCACUAAAUGAGAAAGUUGAUAGUAUCGAGUGGUUACGUGGGAAGAUAAAAGAGGAGGAAGCAAGCAUCGAGGAUGCGCGCAACUCACAUGAAAUUGGUGAGACUAACGGAUCAGCUGCAGUAUUUGUCGAGUUCAAGACAUGUGCAGAGGCUCAGCGAGCCUGUCAGCAAGUCGCGUCCAGCAACUUGUUAGCCCUUGGUCCCAGGUAUACUAGUAUUUCACCCCAAGAAGUCAUAUGGAAUAACCUCACUAUACCGCCUGCUCGCCGUAUUUCACAAGAGGGGACUGCUCUAGCUAUGGUAAUAGCUCUGAUAGGUUUCUGGUCUAUUCCGAGUAGUAUCAUCGGCUUAAUCUCUAACAUCGGCUAUCUUGCGGAUAAUGUCGAAUGGUUGAAUUUCCUGAAGGACUUACCAGAACCAGUCGUUGGUCUCCUAUCUGGCUUGAUACCUCCAUUGGCGACAAGUUGGCUAAGCAAGCUAGUGCCUAGCAUAUUUAGAUACAUAUUCAAAUCAACUGGUAGCCCUACCAACACUGCUGCUGAACUAAAGGUCCAAAGAUGGUACUACAUCUUCCAAGUGACGCAAGUAUUUCUUGUCACUGCAGUUUUCUCCGGGGCAGCACCCGUGGCUGCACAGCUUUUGGAAAAGGCCAAAGAUCCCACAUCGAUCCCUGAACUGCUAGCGAGGCAGCUUCCUAAGGCGUCAAACUUCUACCUGACUUACUUUAUUGUCCAGGGCACUACCUCAGCUGCUGAUAACUUACUUAACUACUCGGAUCUACUAAGUUAUCUUUUCUACGACUAUUUCUUCGACAAAACUCCGCGCCAGAAAUUUAACCGAUAUACAAGUAUGAAAGGGAUCGCAUGGGGCAAGCUGUAUCCAAAGGUGAGAGACUUACCAAACCUGUACAAUGAAUAUGCAUCAGCGCUAACUUUAUACAGUUCGCCAACUUUGCAAUCAUCGGUUAGUAUAAAACUUAUCUCUAUCUUCGUUUUUAUCCGCUCAUCCUUCAUAGCAAUUGCAUACUCGUGUAUCGCGCCAUUGGUACUAGGUUUCGCGGCUGCCGGACUAGCCCUGUAUUACUUCUCUUACCGCUACAACCUCCUCUUCGUCAUCCAGCCGAAGAUAGAUACUAAAGGCCAGGCUUAUACACUCGCAUUGCAGCACCUUCUCACGGGUGUUUAUAUAGCCGAGUUGUCCUUACUUGGUCUUUUCAGUUUAAGAAGAGCAACUGGUCCAUCUAUUAUAACUGGUGUCUUGUUCAUCGCGACAAUCCUUUAUAACAUACUAACUAACAGGUAUCUUGCGCCGCUUGAACAGUUCCUACCAGCCGAUUUAGCUACGCUGACCGAGAGGGACGACGAAUCUACACCGCUAUUAUCCUCCGCGGAAGAAGGACAGGCACACUCGACAUCCCGGAUCCAGCAUCUAGGACAACAGGCAAAGGUUCCAAAGCCCAUCGCACAGCGGAUUAUAGACCCAAUAGCACAUUUCUUUGAACCGCAAGUUUUCGCCUCACACCAGGCCAUGAAAUCAUGGCUGCAAGAUGGGGACUUAUUUGAUGACGAAGACGUCCAGGAGUACACGGAAGAGCAACUCCAGAAAGCAUAUCUAAACCCGGCCCUCACAAGCCCGACGCCUUUGAUUUGGAUAGCAAGAGAUCCGAUGGGCGUUAGCCAGAACGAAAUUGCGGAAAAUGAGAAAAAUGGUCUAAAGGCUAGCGAUCAGGGCGCCUGGCUUGAUGAGAAGGGUAAACUUAGAUGGAGCGUUAAAGAGUUUCAGGAGGUGCCAAUCUGGAAGCGGGGUGUGACAUAUUAA